ACACACACACAAAAACACACACACCAAAAACAGCACAAAAGUAGUGUUUUUUUAAUCCUGUUUCUCAAACCACUUAAAAACCCAAGUCUUUUUGACUUCAAAUUUCAAUGGCAAGUCUUGAGGAUAUUGGUGUAUCUGCAUUGAUAAACAUAAUAGGUGCAUUUGCAUUUUUAUUAGCAUUUGCACUUUUAAGAAUUCAGCCUGUUAAUGACAGAAUUUACUUUCCAAAAUGGUACAUAAAUGGUGCUAGAAGUAGUCCAAGAGGAGGAAACUUUGUUGGCAAAUUUGUUAACUUGAAUUUUACUACUUACUUAACUUUCCUUAAUUGGAUGCCUCAAGCUUUAAAGAUGAAAGAGCCUGAGAUUAUUGAACAUGCUGGUCUUGAUUCUGCUGUUUUCUUGAGGAUUUACAUUCUUGGCUUAAAGAUUUUUGGACCAGUCACUCUCACCGCACUCUUGUUACUCGUACCAGUCAAUGUGUCGGAUGGGACUUUGUCUUUCCUCAGUAAAGACUUGGUGGUCAGUGACAUUGACAAGCUUUCGAUAUCAAACGUUCAACCUAAAUCUCUGAAAUUUUUUGCACACAUUUCAAUGAUGUAUGCGUUCACAUUUUGGAUCUGCUACAUGCUAUACAAGGAGUAUGAUAUGGUGACAUCAAUGAGACUUAGCUUUAUGGCUUCAAAACAUAGGCGAGCAGAGCAAUUUACAGUUCUAGUCAGGAACAUGCCUAAUGGUCAUUCUGUAUCAGAUAAUGUGGACAAGUUUUUUAAAAAGAACCACCCCGAUCACUACUUGUGUCACCAGGUUGUCUACAAUGCAAACAAGUUUGGCAGGCUCGUUAGGAGAAGGCAUCGACUGCAAAACUGGUUAGAUUACUACAUGCUUAAGUUUGAAAGACACCCCGGAAAACGGCCAACCAUAAAGACAGGCUUCCUCGGACUUUGGGGUAAAAAGGUUGAUUCUAUCGAAUACUACAAACAACUGAUCAAACAGUUCGACCAAAGAUUGACAAUGGAGCGCCAGAAAGUCCUAAAAGAUCCAAAAUGUAUAAUGCCAGCUACAUUUGUAUCAUUUAACUCUCGAUGGGGAGCAGCCGUGUGUGCACAGACACAACAAAGCAAAAACCCGACUAUGUGGUUAACCAAUUGGGCUCCAGAACCUCGGGAUGUUUACUGGAGAAAUCUUGCUAUACCCUUUGUUUCUUUGAGCAUCCGUAAAGUAGUUAUUUCACUAUUAGUGUUUGCUCUAGUUUUCUUUUACAUGAUACCCAUAGCAUUUGUUCAAUCGCUUGCCAAUCUUGAGGGUCUUGAAAGAGUGGCUCCAUUUCUCAGGCCUGUUAUCGAAUUGAAAUUUAUCAAGUCUUUCCUCCAGGGUUUUCUUCCUGGCUUUGCUCUAAAGUUUUUUCUGUACAUUCUUCCUUCUGUUCUGAUGGUUAUGUCCAAAAUUGAAGGGCAUGUGGCAUUUUCAGUUUUGGAAAGGAGGACAGCUGCUAAAUACUACUAUUUCAUGCUGGUUAAUGUCUUUUUAGGAAGUAUUGUAACAGGAACAGCAUUCGAACAGCUCGAUUCUUUCAUUCACCAAUCUCCUACACAGAUUCCAAGGACCAUUGGUGUAUCAAUUCCAAUGAAAGCUACUUUCUUUAUUACAUACAUAAUGGUUGAUGGGUGGGCUGGAAUAGCUGCUGAGAUUCUUCGAUUAAAGCCAUUGGUAAUUUUUCACCUCAAGAAUAUGUUCAUAGUAAAAACCGAGCGUGAUAGAGAAAAUGCAAUGGAUCCAGGGGGUGUAGAUUUUCCUGAAACAAUCCCUUCUCUCCAGUUAUACUUUCUGAUGGGCAUCGUGUAUGCAGUCAUUACUCCAAUCCUUCUUCCUUUCAUUCUCAUCUUCUUUGCUUUUGCAUACUUUGUUUACCGUCACCAGAUAAUUAACGUGUACAAUCAACAAUACGAGAGUGCUGCUGCAUUCUGGCCACAUGUUCAUAGUCGUAUAAUCGCAGGCUUGUUGAUAUCUCAGUUUCUUUUGAUGGGAUUGCUUAGUACAAAAAAGGCUGCAAAUUCAACUCCUCUGCUUGUGGCAUUACCUAUUUUGACCCUAACAUUCCAUAACUACUGCAAGAAUCGUUUUGAACCUGCUUUCCGAAAAUACCCUCUCGAGGAAGCCAUUGAAAAGGAUGCACAAGACAAAGUAUCUGAACCUGAAAUCAACCUCAAGUCUUACUUAGCCGAUGCCUACUUACACCCUAUUUUUCGUUCAUUUGAAGAAGUUGAGUUGGUAGAGGUUAAGGUUGACAAGGACCCAGAUCCCGUCACUAGUCAACCAGAAACCGAGCCUGUUUCCCCAUCCCGGUCCCCAUCUCCAUCUCCAGCCCGUUCCCAUACCUCUACCCGUUCUCCUUCACCACCCCACGACUCACAUCAACAAGAACACGAAGAAUCCACAACUGUCCAGCACUAUGAAGUUGGACCUCCUGCUAAUCUUUAUCACUAUGGAUACGAACACCAUGAGAACAUCUUUCACUUCAAUAUGGAUGGCUAUGCAGAGACACAACACGACGUGCAUGACUAUCAUGUCGAGUCAUCACGUGGUUACUAUCAUUACUGAGCCCGAACUCGAGACCAAGAAACAGCAGCAGCCGCAGCUUAUGCAUGUUUGAUGCAGAAAAUGCUAACCAGUUCUGUACAAUGUAGUCCUGUAAAAUGUGAAUAGUAAUCUCUGAUAGAUGUAGAUAUAUAUGGGCUUGUUCAUAUAACUAGAGAUACACCACCAAAUCAGUCCUAUAUAAUUGUUGGGUUUGUACUUUGAGUCUUGAAACCUGGUCAAAAAGCCCAGUUAGGCCUAAAUGUCUAGUCCCUCGGGCUUUUACUAUGUAUAUCGACAUGUCGUUCUCUAAUAUUUUUUUUGUAUGCAAUUUAAAUUUUUUUAGUGAAGUUAUGUUUACAAAUAAAAA